AAUUUUCCUGCAGAUGGAAUUCGUCAUGGGAAAGAAGAGAUUGUUUAGGUAGAACGAUUCGAAGUAAAAAUUUGGUAACGCACAGAUCGAAAAGGAUUUAUUUCAAAUCUCUUGAGACGAUUCUCAGCUGAUGAUUAAUCCCAUGUUUGAUUCCUCGCCCACUGAUUCUGCUCUCUUUCUCCCCAACAUUACUCCCUCCAUAAUUGAGUUGUAAAGAUUUUCCGGUUUUGAUCUUUACAAAUAGGAGUUUGAGUUCUUGAAUUCGUGUUAUUAGAGAGAGAGAAAAUGAGGGUUGCGAAGUCUCGGGUAUGGCAGCCAUGCAAGAAGAAGAGGUGUUUGAUUAAUUGCAAGCUUUAGGAGAAACAGAGAAGAAAGGUGUUUUUCUUUUUCGAAAAAGAAAUUUAAGAGAGAAAAAAAAGAAAGGAAUAUCGGAGAAAGAGAUGGCGAAUCGCACGAGUGCAUCGAGCAAGACACGUGUGGGGAAGUACGAACUAGGGAGGACGCUGGGAGAAGGAUCAUUCGCGAAGGUGAAAUUUGCGAGGAAUCUCGAGACAGGUGAGAAUGUAGCAAUCAAAAUUGUUGAUAAAGAGAAAGUCAUGAAGCAUAAGAUGAUCGGCCAGAUUAAACGUGAAAUCUCAACAAUGAAACUCAUUAGACACCCAAAUGUCAUCCGAAUGUACGAGGUGAUGGCUAGCAAGACAAAGAUAUACAUUGUCCUGGAAUUUGUAACUGGUGGUGAACUUUUUGGCAAAAUUGCUAGCAGAGGGAGGUUUAAGGAAGAUGAAGCUAGAAAAUACUUUCAACAGCUUAUUAAUGCUGUAGAUUAUUGCCAUAGCAGAGGUGUUUACCAUCGAGACCUGAAGCCAGAGAAUUUGCUGCUGGAUGCUAAUGGAGUUCUUAAAGUUUCAGACUUUGGUUUGAGUGCUUUACCUCAGCAAGUUGGAGAUGAUGGGUUACUUCACACAACCUGCGGAACACCAAAUUAUGUUGCUCCAGAGGUGAUCAACGAUAAAGGCUAUAAUGGAGCUAAGUCUGAUCUUUGGUCAUGUGGUGUGAUACUCUUUGUCUUAAUGGCCGGCUACUUGCCUUUUGAGGACCCCAAUUUAAUGGGUUUAUACAAGAAGAUAUUUAAGGCUGACUUCAAUUGUCCUCCAUGGUUCUCCUCAAGUGCAAAGAAAUUAAUCAAGAGAAUUCUAGAUCCUAAUCCAUUGACCAGGAUAACUAUUUCUGAGAUUAUUGAGAAUGAGUGGUUUAAGAAAGGAUAUAUGCCACCUAUGUUUGAGCAAGCUGAUGUUAGUCUUGAUGAUGUAGAUGCCAUUUUCAAUGAAUCAGGGGAUUCUCAAAACCUUGUAGUUGAACGACGUGAAGAAGGGUCUGUUGCACCUGCUACUAUGAAUGCAUUUGAACUUAUCUCAACAUCUCAGGGACUCAACCUUGGUAGUCUAUUUGAGAAGCAAAUGGGACUUGUUAAACAGGAAACAAGAUUUACAUCAAAAUGUCCUGCUAAUGAGAUAAUCUCGAAAAUAGAAGAAGCUGUGAUGCCCAUGGGUUUUGGUGUGAAGAAAAAUAACUACAAGAUGAAGCUUAUGGGAGAAAAAACUGGACGCAAGGGCCAUUUGGCUGUUACAACAGAGGUUUUUCAGGUGGCUCCUUCACUUUGCAUGGUUGAAGUUCGUAAGUCCGGAGGAGAUACCCUGGAAUUUCACACGGUAUGGUCCUAUUAUCAGUGCUGCACUGUUAAUACAAUUGUUUGGAAGACGACAGACAUAGAAAAAGAUGGGUCAGCUACCGGGCCUUCUCUAAGCCAUUGACUGGUGUUCUCAAUCUGAAUGCACUAUCCGUCAAUUUCUAUAGUCCGAACUGACGGAAACCAGGUACUCAGAAGGAAUACGAUAUAGGUCUUUUUAAUGGACUUGGUAAUCUAAAUAGAAGCACUGUCUGCAUGUAUUAAGCUUUAUACAUAUGAAUCAAUCGGAUGUCUUAGCAAU